GCUAUGGCAGUGAGGCUAACGCCUCUUCUGCUUUCAGCGUCAGCUCAAGUCCCUGUAGUGCAACUUAAAUGUCCACCACUGUUUGCCCACAUUUCAACAAAGACCCGGUUCAUAGCCUCUGCUGCAAGAAUGGCUACCAAUGAACCCCAGAGUAGAACCAAGAUCAUAGAUUCACAUCUGCAUGUGUGGGCAUCUCCCCAGGAGGCUGCGGAUAAAUACCCUUACUUUCCUGGCCAAGAACCUACUUUGCCUGGAGAUGUCGAUUUCUUGCUCAAGUCUAUGGAAGAAGCAGGUGUUGACGGUGCGCUUAUUGUGCAGCCCAUUAAUCACAAAUUCGAUCAUUCUUUGGUGACAAGUGUGUUGAAGAAGUAUCCAUCUCAAUUUGUUGGUUGUUGCCUAGCAAAUCCAACCGAAGAUGGAAGUGGGGUUAAGCAACUUGAACAUCUCAUUCUGCAGGAUAAUUAUCAUGCUGUUCGCUUCAAUCCAUAUCUGUGGCCUUCUGGUCAACAGAUGACCAAUGAAGUUGGGAGGGCAAUGUUCGCUAAGGCAGGAGAACUUGGAGUACCAGUUGGUUUUAUGUGUAUGAAGGGCCUCAGUCUGCAUAUUUCAGAAAUUGAGGAGCUGUGCACACAGUUUCCAUCAACAACUGUAUUGCUUGAUCAUUUGGCUUUCUGCAAACCACCAAUAAACGAUGAGGAAAAGCUGGCUUUCUCUGCACUUUUAAAGCUAUCCAGAUUCCCACAGGUCUAUGUGAAAUUCAGUGCACUUUUCAGGUUGUCAAGAAUGCCAUUUCCAUAUCAGGAUUUAUCUCACUCACUGUCUCAAGUUGUCUCAAGCUUUGGUGCUAACCGUGUCAUGUGGGGCAGUGAUUUUCCAUUUGUUGUUCCCGAAUGUGGUUAUAAAGGAGCGAAAGAAGCUGUUUCUCUUAUCGUCAAUCAAAUACCUCUAUCAUCUACAGACCUGGAGUGGAUCAUGGGAAGGACGGUCAUGCAGCUCUUUCAAAAUCAAUGGCUUCCAUAAGCAAAAUGUAAAUGCCAGUAACAACUUUUUGCAACAUUUGGUUGUACAAAAGAUAAGAUAAAAGGUCUUGUUCUUCCAUUCAA